AUGUCCAGAAGGCGCUCUCCCUCCCCCGCAGACCCAUGGCAUGACGACCCGCUGAGUCCAGUAGGCUCCAUCUCCAAGAUAAAGCCCAAGGCCAUGUUUGCCGGGCCGCCUCCUCCCAUAGCUGCCUCUGUGCUGCUACAAUCGCCUGUCUCACAGGCUAGGCGCGGUUCUCGAGAACGAACAGUAGAUAUGGAUAGCAGCACAAAGGGAAUGGAGGCGAGCCGGAUGGCGUUUGGAAGCAUCUUGUUCGACCACGGCCCUCGCGACCCAAGCAUAUCUCGCGUGGACUCGGUUUGGCGCAACUUGCAGCAUCGAGAACGGUCUCUUCAGAAAGAAGUGCAGCGUUUGCUUGACAUGCAGGCCACUGGACUGGUCUCCGGCAGUGAACCCCUCGACCCCAGUACCGGGGGGCUCGAAACAUGGAGCGAUUCUGGGAGCAGCACGCCAACGGGCACGUUUUACUCUACAGCGACAUCCAAGUCACGCAUGAUGGCAUCCCUGGACCCGCCGGUGCGCGCCACUCCUCGAGGCGACAUCAUACCUGUGCGACAGCCCAAGACGUCGGGGCCGCAAGGCCUUCGAGCUGCGCGCAAUGGGCUCCGACGAGCGUUGGCAGCUCUGACCGGCCUCAAAGCCGAGGAGAACGAGUACAUCGAGUCGUCCCUCUCCCAGCGGAAGAGGGCGCUUGCGUACCUGGACAAAUUGGAUACGCGCAGGACCAGCAUCUCGGCCGAACUACACAGUUUGGCGGAUGACAAAGAGGAGCCCCUGGCAAAGGAGCUCCGGGGCCUUGGGGAGCAGCACGACACCCUCGGCCAGGAGAUUCGCGAGAUAGAGGAGAAGCUGGUUGGUAUGCGAAACCGUCAAAGGUGGCUCGAGCGCAAGAUGGAAGACGUUCGUAACCGCCGAGAAGCCGGCUUAAGCGGCUACAGGGGCGCUUUGAAGGAGGUUGAAGGAGAGGUUGCAUCCCUCCUGCGCCAGCCUCCUAUCGAGCCUCUAGAUCUCGAAGUUGUCGAAGCUGUGUCGCGCAGCGAAUUUGGAAGCGCCGACGGUGUCCAGGACCCACCUGGAGGAGCUGAUUUCUUCCGUAUGAUACCGGCGCGACGGACUUUGGCCAUGGCAAAAGACUGGUGGGAAAGCGAAACGGACAUACUGCAUAAGCGUAAGAUGCAAGUCGACAAGGAUCGCGAUGCGCUCAACCAAGGUACGGAGCUGUGGCAGGAAACGAUCGAGCUUGUCACCAAUUUCGAAGCGGAUUUGCGCCAUUCUUUGAGAAACGGCGGCAGUACCACGACUAAGGGCAAACAGCCUCAGCGGGCAGAGCAAGAAGGCAUAGAGGCACUGCUGCCGAGAAUGGGAAAAGUUAUCUUGGAGCUGGAAGAACACAUGAGGACUGCCGAGCGCAAUAGCUGGAAUCUCUUGAUCUGUGCCAUCGGCGCCGAGCUCGAGGCUUUCCGAGAAGCCGAGAGCCUGCUUCGAGCCAGUCUGCCUCAGUCACAGGCAGCUCCUACGGUUGAGGAUGUUGAGGAACCCUGGCACAACGGUGAUGGUGAACCGCAGCCGGCGACGCAAACGACCCCUGGCAGUGGACGCACAGCGGGGAGCCACCACGACGAGAGUGACAAUGAAGUCCCGCCAGAUUUGCUGGUGUCACGGCUGGAGGAGCAUGACGACGGACAUUCCCACGUCGGAUCUCUGCAAACAUCAUCAUCAAGGCGGGAUAGCGACAACGAGGUGCCGCCGGAGUUCCUAGCGGAGCACAGCAACGAGCACGGCGUGGGCAUAGACUGA